AUGGCGUACUACCCGGACUGGGCGGCGCCCGCGUUCCCGCCGGAGAAGAUCGACUUUGGGCGGUUCGACUGGAUCGACUUCGCGUUCGCGGUGCCCGACCAAACAUACAACUUGACGUGGGACGGCUCGGAUGAGGCGCAGGAUCUGCUCGGGCGAUUGGUGACUACGGCGCACGAUAGCGGCGCGAAGGUGAAGCUGAGUGUCGGCGGGUGGACGGGCGGCCAAUACUUCUCUCCGGCCGUGUCUGAUGCGCAGAGCAGGGAAACGUUCGCGAACAACAUCCGCGCGUUCUACGACGCGUUCGGGCUUGACGGCGUCGAUAUCGACUGGGAGUACCCCGGCCAGGCGGGGAACAGCGGGAACGCCGUCUCACCCGACGAUACAGCGAACUUCCUGUCGUUUCUGCAGCUUCUCCGGACCACGCUCCCGCCCGAUGCGAAGAUGAGCGCAGCCGUGCAGACCGUGCCCUUCGCAGAUGCGAACGGCAAUCCGCUCACUGACGUCUCCGCGUUCGCACAGGUGCUCGAUUGGGUCCUGAUCAUGAACUACGAUGCAUGGGGUUCAUCGAAUACCCCCGGCCCCAACGCGCCCCUCAGCGACGCGUGCCACAACUCGACGCAGCCCACUGCGAGCGCCGCGGCUGCCGUAAAAGCGUGGACUUCCGCAGGCUUCCCCGCCAGCCAGCUCGUGCUCGGGGUUCCCGCGUACGGGUACAUAUCGCAAACGAGCGCGACGCGCCUCCGCCAACGAUCGGCGCCUCCUCGUCGGCGCGCGCAUCGCCGGCGUCUGCGCAACCGGCACCGCGCUCGAUCGUCGCUCCUGCAGUGGACGGACGCAGACACGGACGCUUCAACGUCAACGCCCCCGAUUAUGGCCACGAACGAGGACGGAAGCGCAGCCAACGGGCAGGUGCAGUUCCGCGCACUCGUGGCGCAGGGCAUCCUCCAGUACACGCCGCAAGAGCCGUACGACGGCCAGUCGGGGGACGCAAGCCCGGACGGGAGCAGCUCGCCCACGCGCUACCUCGCGAACGGGAGGGAGAUCGACAGCGUGUACGACGGAUGGAGCGGGUUCACGCGGGAGUGGGACGCGUGCUCGAGCACGCCGUUCUUGCGGUCGGGCGCGGCGGACCAGGUCGUGACCUACGACGACCCGCUCUCGCUGGGGAUGAAGGCGGCUUUUGCGCAGGGUGUCGGGAUGUUGGGCGUGAAUAUGUUCGACAUCAGUGGAGACACGGACCAGUGGGACUUGACGGAUGCGGUCAGGAAGGGGUUGGGUCGGGACUGA